GUCCCGCUCACCUGCAGCUACCGAUGUAGGAGCUCAUCAUUUCGUACACUUUGUAAUUCUCUGCUCACAAAGUUUCUUUUUCAUUUAUAGUUUUCUUGAUACGAGGUUGACUUUCUCCUCAUCCAGUCAUCAAUUAGCAGCUAAAUUGUUGAAGGAGUUGAGCUGGGUACCCUAGACAAACUAAAUCAAUUUUCACAAUGUCAAACGGAUUCUUAAAAGUGGAAGGUGAGAAAGUUGUAGAUGGCAAGGGAAACACCGUGAUUCUUCGAGGUGCCGGUCUGGGAGGAUGGAUGAACAUGGAGAACUUCAUCACGGGCUACCCUGGCCAUGAAUUUCAGCACCGAGCAGCUAUGCUCAAGGUCCUCGGAAAGGAGAAGCAGGAAUACUUUUUCGACAAGUUCCUAGAAUAUUUCUUCCAAGAUGCAGAUGCAGAGUUCUUCGCUAGCUUGGGUCUGAACUGUAUUCGCCUACCCUUCAACUACAAGCAUUUCGAGGAUGACAUGGACCCACGAGUAUUGAAGCAAUCCGGAUUCAAGCACUUGGAUCGAGUUAUAGACUUGUGCGCCAAACACAAAAUCUACACAAUUCUCGACAUGCACACCACACCAGGUGGUCAAAAUCCAGACUGGCACUCUGACAGCGGUAGCUCCUACGCCGCAUUCUGGGAUUACAAAGACCACCAAGACCGUACAGUCUGGCUGUGGGAACAGAUCGCAACACACUACAAAGAUAACACUUGGGUAGCAGGCUACAACCCACUAAACGAGCCCUGCGAUCCCGAACACUGGCGCUUACCAGCUUUCUACGACCGCCUCGAGUCAGCUCUCCGCAAGAUAGAUCCCAACCACAUCCUCUGGCUAGAUGGCAACACUUUCGCCAUGGAAUGGAAGCAUUUCGACCAUGUGCUUCCGAAUAGCGUGUAUGCUCUGCACGAUUACAGUCUGAUGGGUUUCCCUACUGGUGACAGGUUCAAAGGCAGCGGGGACCAGCUCGCGAAGAUCGAGCAGCAAUUCUUGCGGAAAUGCUCGUUCAUGCAAGAGCGUAAAGUACCUGCCUGGAACGGCGAAUUCGGACCUGUCUAUUCCGAUCCAAGGAUGGACUCUGACGCUGAAGAUAUCAACCAGGAGAGGUACAAUUUACUCGGUGCUCAACUGGCCGUGUAUGACAAGUACCAGAUCCCGUGGAGUAUCUGGCUGUAUAAAGACAUCGGCGUUCAAGGAAUGAUGUACACGGAUCCCGACGGACUAUGGAACAAGACAAUCCAGCCUUUCCUGGAGAAAAAGCGCGCCUUGCAACUCGAUGCUUGGGGAAAAUAUCCCAGCAAGCAAGUUGCGGAUGUGAUUGAGCCCCUGGCGAAAUGGAUGGACAGUGUUGCUCCUGAGGCGACAAAGACGUAUCCUACGUCUUGGCAGACGCAAAGACAUGUGGUGAGGAAUACGGUUGAGACGUUCCUGGCACAAUCGUUUGCGAUAGAGUUUGCGAAUCUGUUUAAGGAUUUUACGUUGGAGCAGUUAGAUGAGGCGGCAAAGAGCUUUAGCUUUGAGAGGUGUAAGCAGAGGGGUGGGUUGAAUAAGAUUAUGAGUGAUCAUGCGGAGAUUCAUAAGAAGAAUGCUGCGGCUUGAGGUGGUUGGAGUUUGGAGGCUGUAACGAAAGAACUAGGGUUCAAGAAUGAAUAUUCAUCUCUCGUUGCAUUUCGACACGUUAGUAUCCUAAGUCUCGAAAGUAAUGUGAGUUUUGAACAUCGUCCCCCGGUUCGGUUAGGUUUUAGCGAAUCAACAUAAAUAUGAAGACCAACGUUGUCCUUGUAUUUUCUCAGAGAGAUUGAAUUAGAAGAUCGUGAG